GGAAGUAGUGCAAUUUGAUUCGUCACGUUGUUUUGUGUUGUUUUUUUUUCUUCAUCAAAUUUACAGAAAUAUCAAUAAUUAUUAAUUAAAAGCGAUGACAAACAAGAAAAUUAAAUUUCAAUUUACAUAAAAUAAGUUUCUCAUUCGUCCUCCCUAUUAAUAUAAAGUGGAAAAUUCGUGAAAAAUGACAUAAAACACCCAGAAUUCUUCAGUGAAAAUCUUUCGGCUGAAACUAACCUCAAACUUUGUUUACAUUUUGAGAGUUUUCCGAGAGGAAAAAUGUCUCAGAAGCGCAAAAUUGAGGAAUACCACGAUCCUGACUACCACAAAAACUCAGAAAAGAAACCAAGAGUCUCGCCGGAGGAGAAAAACGCCAAAAUCGUAGAGAUAAUCAAACGAGAGUUCAAGACAGAAUUGGAAGAUAGGGAAAAGGAAGUGUUUGAGAUUGAGGCUCGUCUGGAGGAAGCCAAGAAGCAGCUGGAAAAGCUAAAAUAUGCAGCUGUGGCGCAUUUCUACAAAAAGGGUGAGAUCUCAAAAGUAUUCCGGGAGGAUAAUCUGGAAGAAGAAACUCUCAAAAGAGAUCAAAUUUCCCUUCAUCCGGCCAUUAAGAAGUUGGUCGGGAAGACUCUCAAGAAAUACAGUGAGUUGGUAACAGAUCGGCCAGCCAGGAGAGCAGCUAAAGACGCUGCCUCAUUGCUCAAGCUUGUGUCAAAGACGAAGAAGGAUGACAAAGUAGUAAAAGAUGUACCGGAAUCUGCUCCGAUGAAAGAUAAGGAGGAAGAUUCCAAAAUCACUCGAUUGAAUUCUUCCCGAGGAAGGAAUCAGGGGAAGCACUUGAUUGUCGUUGGGAAUACAUCAAAAUACAUUGGGGAGAACAAACUGAAUUCCUUAGUGUCACACAAGUGGCUGGUUUAUGUCCAGGCGAGGAGUCAGCAGCCGCUGGAGAAGCUCGUGGAGAAGAUUCGAUUCUUCCUGCAUCCUACUUACAAGCCGAAUGACUGCGUAGAUGUCCUGAAGGCUCCAUUUGAGGUUUCUCGCUUCGGCUGGGGAGAAUUUACAAUCCGCGUUCAGUUGCACUUCCAUCCGGAACUGAGGCAGAAGCCCAUUCAAAUCUUACACAGAGUCAAACUGGAUGAAAGGGAGACGGGCUUGGAGACACUUGGAAGCGAAACUGUGGCAGAAUUGUGGCUCAAUAGGAUGGAAGGGAAUGAGGAGAUCGAAGAGGAAAUGGAUAACCAAGGAUCUCCUAUAAAACUUAAAUCCAUGGAUCCUCCUAACAUGCUCAAAGUCCGCCAAGAUUUGAUUGAAGUUGUUCCUCAAGUGGACUUAUCUGCCCACGUUCUCGAUCACUGCUACUCCAAGAAUCACAAUUUUGGAAGGGAAGCCCUCACAGAGCUCUUCAAUUCAAUCCCUUUCUGCACUGUCCGGGAAGCUGUUGAAUUCCUCCUUCGACGUCUUCCUCUGGUUUGUCCGGAUUCGACCCGAUUCCCAGCAAUGCUCUCGAGUUUUGCCUUCAUCAGUCCCUCCGAGAAAUCUUUCAGGGAACUCCACAGGGCUUCGAGAUGCAGCAAAGAGUGGUUUCGAGCGAAAUUCAUUAAUCUACUACUGCGUAAACAUGCAAAAUUGAGAGAUUUACCAAUGUGGUCAACUAAAGAAAUUGUAAUAUUUGCCCGGAAGCAUUUCUACAUUCCCUCAAUUUGCCGUGAGUCCAGUAAGAAUCUCAAAGCUUUCCUCAAGGAAGAGAUUAAAUGGGAGAAAUUCUCUGAAGAUACCACAACAACCAGCGCCGAAAUAUCCAAAUGGAUCUCUGAGAAUCAUAGCCCAAUUAGAAAAAUUCCAGCGAAUGAAGAGGAGGAAAUUAUUGAUGUAGAAGAGAUUUCUGGACGAUCUGAGAAGUCAAGGAUGUUCUGUGAUUCCACCAAAGCAAAUAAGACGGUUCUGUGGAAUCUUGAGGAAAUUCUUGGGAGUAAUAUAAGAAAAAAGACUGAAGAUGUUAAAGAUGCUCUGCAAGUGGCUCUGAAGAUUUUUCUGGAGGAUAUCUUGAGGAGAAGUGCUGCAAAUGUGAUGGACGAUUUACCGAUUCAGCCAAUGCAUGUGAAGUCAGCUCUAGCAAGUCGGAAAGAGUUUGACUUCCUCACGAAUCAUAGUUUGGGCAAGAUUUCGUAAGUUUACCUUUAUUUAGAUUUUUUUUUAAUUUCUCACUAGAAAAAUAAAAUUCAAAAGCUCUGAUUUAAAUGUAAAUCUUGUUUCUCACUUCAAAAUAAUUUUUUUUUUUUAAAUCUUGAAAAAUUUUCAAGAAAGGAACUUCUCUCCAACUAAAUGAAGCUUACAAUUUUUUCUAGAAUUUUGCAAAUUUAUUAUUAGAAAAAUAUAAAUUGUUAAUAAAAUUGGAAAAAAAUAUUUUAAUAACAAAUCAAUUCCUUUUCAAAAAAAUUAGCUACAAUAUGAAAAAAAAACCGAAGAAUUUUUCUAGUGAACUUCAAAAUUAUUCCUUUAUGUGAAUUUACAGGGACAAUUUUUUGUAUUCCGAUAUAAAGAUUAAUAAUUAGAAACAAUAAAUUUUUAUAGAAGAAAAAAAA